GGGAAAUGCUUUUGGCCCCUCCUUGGUUUCAGUUGCUAAGGACUCGAUGAGACACCCGGAGCCAGAGCUGACCAUCAGAGCCCGUUGUGGGGGAGCAGCGCUGCGGUGUUUGGAGUAGUUGAGCGCAGGGAGGAAUGUCUUGGCUGUCCAGUGAGAAUGGGACUGAAGACCUGGACGAUGUGUAUCAUGAGCUCGGAGAUGACGCCGCCUCUGCCAUCACCUAUGAAUCGGACACCGAUAAGAAAAUAAAGAAGAAGAAAUCAAGCAAACCUCCCCGGUCACAGAAUUCUCCAUAUCUCUCCAGUGCAACGCUGAACUCUAGAAAAGCCCCCGUAUGGCGAUCUCUAAAAGGGACGGGACACAUGCACACCGAGAACCCAAUGAUGAAAGUACCCAGGCAGCUAUGGCUGGCCUCCUUGAAGCAAGGCAAUGGCCUCACUCAGCCUUUGAAAUCUGACAUGGACAUUGGCCAGGCCUGGGUCAGCCCUGGCAGCAGCACUCCGGAGUAUCUAAAGGAAGCUCUUGGGAUGAAGAAACCCAAAUAUUCCCGUUCUGCUAGUAGUGGUUACAUCCCUGGAACUCCAGAUUUUAAAGAGAAAGAAGACAUGUAUGACCAGAUCUUAGACCUGAAAAAGAUGUUACAGGCACAGAAAUCAGAAGCAGAUCUAAUGAAGACAAAGCUCCGGAGAUUAGAGGAAGAAAACAGCAGGAAAGAUCGUCAGAUCGAACAAUUGCUGGAUCCCUCGAGGGGUUCAGAGUUUGCGAGGAGUCUGGUGGACAAGAAAAACGACAGCAGUUUGAUAGUGAAUAAUCUCAAACAGAAGAUUCUGAAGUUGGAAAAACAGUGUAAGGAAAAAGAUAACGCCUUAAGCAAGCUCCAGACCGAGGUAAAGACAACCAGCCUGGAAGAGAUGAGGAUAGCUAUGGAAACAUAUUAUGAAGAGAUUCAGAGGCUUCAGAUGUUGUUGGCGAAAGCAGAGGCUGCACAGCAAAGGUCUCCUCCAGAAAGUAAGGACUCCCUCCGAAGACAGAAAGCACUGAACGCAGCUGUACUGAAACUCUCCAAACACGUCAAGGAGUUACAGGAGGAGAACAAGAGUCUAAAAGCUGAUCUGGACAGAGCUAUGGCGCAGUCGCCUACGUCUACUAGAUCGAAAGGAUACAGUGAAUGGAGCAAGCAGAGACUAGUCAGGAAGAUUUCAGAACUAGAAAAGAAACUGGAAAGUACGCAGAAGUCACCUACAGAGCAGGGCAAGUCGGGAACAUCUACCUCUGGUCAGGGAGAUGGACCACCAGUCCAGAAACCUGACCCUCAAGAAGAAUGUGAAAGAUUGAGGAACCUAGUCAAGAAGAUAAAAGAAGAUCGGGCAGAUUUACAGGAUCGUCUCGGCACAAAGGAAGCCGAAUAUAAAAGACUGGUGCAAGAAAAGUCCGAACUGGAGAAGCAGCUGCAAAAACUGAAGGAUAGAAAAGACGAGAGGGAAGAAAUCAACCGUCUGAACCAAAAAAUGAAGAGAUUAGAAGCGGAGCUGGAGGAUGAAAAAGGCGAAAAGGUGGCUGCCCUGGAAGCUGCCAAAAAGGUGCAGAAGGAGGCACCCGGGUUCCGUCCAAGCUCCGCCAGGAGUGCAUCGAUCACAUCGUCACGCCCGGGAUCCAAAGGUUCAUCCAGCGGAGGAGAGAAGACGAAAAAGCAGGAGGCAGCACAGCUUAUCCAGAAGAACUGGAGGCUGUAUAAAAGCAGGAAAGAAGAGAGCAGUGAGUCGGAGGAGACAACUGUGUUCCUUCAAGCAGCCUUACGAGGUCACCUCGCAAGACACAAAAUGAUAUCUCCCGCCGCUGCCCCUCGUUCAAGGUCCCCCAGAUCCAGCAGCCUCACCCUGCAGGACAGCAGCACAUCUGACAGUACAGACCUACCAGAGACCAGCAAAGAUGAAGACCCCGUGACCUUCCUUCAGUCCUCUUUUCGGGCGCAUUUAACCCGCACAAAAAUGCUUGGACAAAGGCCUAACGAGAUGAAAGGCAGAGAGAGCCCGCUCCGGAAGAGUCCCAGAUCCAAUACAAGAUCUCCAGUCUCCAGGAAGUCCUCCGGGCAGAGUCGACAUCACUCACUAGCCAGUGGAAGCAGUGGAGAGAGCAGUGAGGACCUUAUUGAAGAGCUGGUAUCUGAAGAAGAAGAAGAGGAGACUAAAACCAAGAGGCCAAGCUCCCAGACUUCAGUGUCACGGCGGUCACCAUCAGGCAAGUCCCAUCCACCCACUGAAGACCCAACCUCCGACGAUUCUGAUGACCUCAUCAUUGUGUCUCCAUCCCGACCGGCAAGGAGGAAGGAUUCUGGUUUUUAAGAUGGCUGAAAUUCUAUCGCUAGUGCCUUCAAACACUGACUGGGCGCAGGUUCCUUUUGGUGAAAAUGUUUAAUAUUUGCACUCUUUCUAGUAGGCCGCACACUGCAGACUUUCUCCAAUCGGGAAUUCGUAGCCAAUCCGCUUCUACAUCCAGAUUAUAAAAACCUACAGCAUGCCUUUAAUAAGUAACCCCAUCCACGUGCACCGUACUGUAAAUUGCUGAGGCGUUUCAGUGCAGAUUCCGUGCAGAAAAUCCCCAGAGAUUCCACAUCAUGUAAACCCCAAACGCCUUUUGAUUUUUAGGAAUUUUAUGGAUACACCUAUUAUGGAUAUACGGUUAGGAGCCGUCUUGAAUUCCCAUGAAAUGAUGGCUCCUGCCAGACAUACCGGUACUUAUAGCACUAUGUAAUUCAGUAAUGUCUAAUUAAAGGCUAUGGUCACCUUCGGGGCAUUUUUGUUAUUGCAUUUUGCUCAUUUUGGGCUAAAAAAAAAUAUUUUUUUUCAGUUGGUCUUUAUUAAAAAUGUUCAGCCGUUUUUGUGAUACAGGGUUUAAAAAAAUCAGUCUGUUUGCAGGGUAUCACUUCUCAGUCCCGUCAGCCUUAUCUCUGAUCUCCUGACCUCAUAAACACUCAUUAUAGCUAAACUCUUACCAAACUGAUAAUAAUAUGGCUUAAAGGGAGCCCGUCACCUACUUGACAGGUUUUAAACUGAUUAUAAAGCUCUGUCGGACACAAGCACAUGACGCUGAUGUUACCGUUGUUUUGUUUUUGAGAGUCUCCAAAGCACCAAAAACAAAGUUUUAAAGAUAUGCAAAUGAGCCACCGCAAGUGCCCAGGGGCGGCGUGUUU